UCCCAUUUUUUAAAUUUCCCAUUUUAAUUCCUCUUUCUUACUUUCUUUUCCGUUAAUAUUAUUGAUUUUUGUUGCUAUAAUACAUGUGUAGAAUCAAGGCUGAAAAUUGCAAUUUUUUUUUUUUUUAAUUGUAAGAUUCAGCUCAGAGAAUAACAUUAAUGACAUUAAUUCGAGGAAUUUUAUUGAUUUUUAAAAUUUUCUGACUGUUUUAUGAUAUCUUCUUCUUCAGACACAGUUAAGGGUUUUUAAUUCAAAUUCAAGCUCAAACCAGAGAACGUCAAAUUUCAAUAAUAUGAACAAAUUCUGGGUUUCUCUGAUUAAGAUUUUUGGGGUUGAUUUUUACACCCCAAUUCUCCUUCAAUAUUGAGGAAUUUGCUACAAGAAGCCGGUGGCGUCGACAGCAGUAAUUUGCUAGCUACGGAUGUACGCCAGGCGCCAUGGUUGGCAGCGUCCUUUCCACCCUUUACAGAUGGUGGGAAUGGCAGUAUACAGUUUCCUAGUGGCUUCAUUCUAUUGCUUUCUGGGAUUCUUUCUUGGCAAUCGAAUUGCCGAAAUUGUAGUAAUUUCAAUAUAUUCUUCAGUGGCACUGUCGGUUAUGGUGUUAUUUAUUAGGUGCACGGGGACUGAUCCGUCUUCGAAAAAUAGACAUAGUAAUCACAAGAAAAAGAAAGUGAAGAAGAGUAAAGUUAAAUCCUUGACAAAGUUGAAUUAUGGUUUUAUAUUGAGACAGAUGGUUAUGAGGUGUUUUAGGAGGUUGGAGAGAAAGAUUCUUAAGACUUGUAUAAGGAGGAAGUAUUUACUAGAUCCGCGCAUUGCUAAUGGUCAUGUUCACUUGGAUCCCUUGCUUCCUUUUCCUCUGCCUCCCCUUGUUACCAAAGAAGACGAUGACUCCGUUUCGCCUGAUCUUGAUCCUAAUGAUAAGGAUGAGGAUUUCUCCUUUUGCUCCUUGUGCAAUUUCCAUGUUAAAAAACAUAGCAAACAUUGUAGGACAUGUAAUCGUUGCGUUGAAGGCUUUGAUCACCAUUGCCGGUGGCUGAACAAUUGUGUUGGAAAAAGGAAUUAUACAACAUUCAUCCUUCUUAUGAUAUUUGUCCUGUUGAUGCUUACAAUUGAAGGAGGAACAGCUAUUGCUGUAUUCGUUCGGUGCUUUGCUUAUAAGAAAAACAUGGAUCAGGAAUUAGCAAGGGUAUUUCACACCACCAAGUUUCCUAGGGGAGUUCUUGCUGCAAUAUCUGCAGUGUUGGUUUUGUUGACAGCUUAUGGCUCAGCAGCACUUGGCCAACUCUUUUUCUUUCAUGUUGUUCUCAUUCGCAAGGGAAUGAGAACAUAUGAUUACAUAUUGGCUAUGAGAGCAGAGCAUCGAUUUAGUGGAUUGGAGUCAUUGAAUGAUUCAGAAUUUUCGUCAGAUGAUAGCAGUGAACCUGCUUCACCAAAAAGGAUCAUUUUGUCUCAGUUCAUAGGACAGAAAUCAAAUCUGAGCCCAGAACAACUAUCUGUUAAAAUCGAUCCUCAAUCAGGCACCUCCAUCAUUAACCAGAAUCAACACUUCCGUGCUAGCAUUGAUCCCUGGAAGCUGAUACAGAUGAGUAAAGAAAAAGCUUUGAAAGCCGCCGAAAAGGCCAAAGAGAAGCAAAUGGUUGAACACGAACAACUUAAUCCACUUCCUUUCGAGGUGAAAAAAGGUCCUUUGGAGAAGCCAGAAAGAGAUCAGAACAAAACAACCCCUCUUGUUUCAAUAGCAAGACAUCCAGGCUCGCCGGGAAGAUUCUCAAGUCCAAGAAGACGAAUUUCUGGCUCUCCUGCUACACUAUCCAAUACAGCUGCACAGCCAAGUCAGAUAUACAAAAGCAAUUUCGACUUGAAACUAACAGGGGUGUCAAGGGAGCUAGAGGGGUAUAUAUCAAAGCAAGUUCUGUGUUCCAUUGUAAAAGACGGGGCUGAAGCAUCCCCUAGAUAAUAGUAUCUGUGAUACUUGUAUUCUCAGUCUCUGAGAACUCAUUUAAAACUUCAUAGUACCGAUGAUUCAUUUAUUAUAUGCAAUUUAUACCAGGGAUCAAUGGUUUGGCCCCUUUUGCUUCUUGAA